AACUACACAGAUAACAUGACAAACACAGAGCAGCACAACUGAAGGACCGAACGCACACUCACCCUCCACAAAUCAGCCAAUCACAGCAGGAUAUGCUAAUUAUGAAAAGCAGCAUCAUCAGACUCUUAUAACUUCCUGGUAACCACCCGACAUCAGACUUUCACCGUAACGGGUAGCCGUUCACACCAGAGCAGUUAAAGAAGCCUUGUGAGAAGAAGCCGUAGAGCAGCAGGAUGGAGUCUGAGAGUGUGAAGACGGAGGACGUGUACCAGACGCUCCACCAUCCUCCUUCAGUGAAGAACCCAAACCCAACACACGGAUCACCGCAGAGCAUCAGGCUAAUCAUGAUACUGCUGAUCUUCAACACUCUGUUACUGAUCAUUAUACUGAUACUGACUGGAACCUUCAAAUCUCAGAACAGGAUGUUGACUGAGGAGUCGAACUCGUCUUCUGUUCUCCUGUCCCCUACGCUACAGAGCGCAGUGACUAGCUGUAAGCCUGGAUGGACGCAGCAUCUCUCCAGAUGUUACUUGUUCUCCAAUGACUCUCUGAACUGGCACCAGGCGAGAGAAUACUGCAGGACCCAGAAUGCCUCACUACUCAAAGUGGAAACUGAAGCUGAAUGGGCAUUUAUAACGGCUAACUCGAAUGAAUACUGGAUUGGUCUCACAGAUGAAAUCACAGGACGGUGGAGAUGGACUGAUGGAACACGUUAUGUAAUGGAUAGAAAGAAGUGGGGACAUGGACAGCCUGAUAACUGGAGCGGUGAUGGACCGGAGGGGGAACACUGUGCACAUCUAAGAUACAGGAAGUUGAAUGACUUGCACUGCAAAAUUAGAAUGAACUACAUCUGCAAGCAGUAGAAACUAGUGAGAUGUUGGGUGUUCAACAUGUUUGUGAACAAGUCUGUGCUUUUAUUAUGCAACUUUCUGAUUUUGAUUUAUUCUACUUUUUAAAACCAGCUGAGUCCUUCACUUGGCUUUGAACACUGUAAUGUGCUGUAGUGCAGUGAAGAAGAAGUAAAGUGAAGAAACUGCAGUGAAGUAUGUUUUACAGCCCUGAAGACCCCAGUGUUACCAUAUAGCCACAAGAGUUACUGUGAUCUUAUGUA